GCUAUAGUUUUUCUUCACAACAGACCUUUUAAUAAACUCGUCUAAAUUUUUCCAUUUUCCUUUUUUUUUGGCAUUAAAAUAGUUUACCUACCCAAUAAAAUGAAAUUAUUAAAGCUCGCGCUUCCUUUCCGAACUUCAGGAAACCCGAUUCUAAGAAACUUUACAAAUCAGAGGGCCGGCAAAGCGCUUAUCACUGUACCAAAAAUUGAGAUCGCAGAUGGUCAAAUUCUUUAUUUGUUGAUGUCGAUUUACAUUCACGGUGAAACGCUCUACUCGAGGACAAUCGUGCGUGGACAGCCAGCGAAAAAUCAUGUAAGGGUAUACGAUCGUGUGCGCUCUGAAAUGGAGAGUCUCGGUCUAUGUGUUAAGCCUCUAGGCGGUGGCAUGAUGGACGUCGAUAAUUCGGCACGUACAAUGAAAAUUUACGGUAAAUGCAAGACCUUUGGAAGAGCAAAUCAUUAUAAAACAAUGGAAAUUAUGAAAGAAUCGGAAAAUUACAAAAAUUACAAUAUUACCAUGGAUCGUUAAUUAAUGGAGCUGAGCAAGUUAUACAAAUUUUGGUUUUUUGCAAUAAAAUUGAGAACAGAA